GAGAAGAGGAAGAGGAGGAGGAGGCAUAAAAGGGGACAUUGUGGGAGAUGUAUUACAGUAGGUCCUAAGCGUUUCCAGGAAGAAAGAAAAAACAUCUCUUUUCAAGGAGGAGGCAGUAAAGAGGUGGCAUUUGUGGUCUUGACACGCUGUAAUGUAUUGUCAAAGAAACUCUUCCUUCCGUUUAACAUAUGAAAGAAUUCUGCUUUCCCCCUGCUCCUUUUUCCUUUUUCUCAUCCAUGCUUAGAAGAUAUGAAUUGGGAAUGAAUACAUCCAGCUGCAACCCAUUGGCUGCCAUCCUGCACCCACUUUCCUGGGAGUAAAGGUCCCACCAACUCUUCUUAGCCCAGAAGACUGCCUGUGGCCUUUGAGGCAACAGACAAACUCAGCCCCCUUCUGAAAAUGGAAGCAAAUAGAUCUGGAAGAAGAAUAAAACUGGGAAGAUGGAAAGCACUGCCAUGUCACCAAAGGACUAAUCCAGAUCCUCUCUUUUUUGGAGUGGAGAAGAAAUAGCUGCCAAACCCACCCCCUCUCAAUUCAUGACCUUCAAGGCUACAAGCAGGUAUCAAGGAGACCACGUUUUCAGACAUCCAGGACAGGCCCGCCUGAUCUCCAGACUUCCAGAGAGAGGAGUGUUUCUGUUGAAUUCCUCCUCCAUGAAAGAAACUGCAGGAAAAAUGCCCUCAGAACAGGUGACCUUUGAGGAUGUGGCUGUGUAUUUCACAGAGGAGGAAUGGACAUUGUUGGAUCAGAACCAAAAAUCUUUAUACAAGGAGGUCAUGAUGGAAAACUAUGAGAAUGUGUCUUCUAUUUUAGAUCACUGGAAGAAGGUGAACAUAUGCACUGAUCUGCAUCUUAUGAGCUGCCAGAGACUCUGUGUACCAGGCAAUGCUUAUAGAUGGCAAGAGCAAGGAGAAUGUUUUGUUUCUAAUUCACAUCUUGUGAGCUAUACAGGAGACCAAACAAGAAAGAAAGCAUACAAAUGUCAAGAGUGUGGGAAAGGUUUCACUUGCCGGUCAAAUGUUGUGACUCAUCAGAGAAUCCACACAGGAGAAAAACCAUACAAAUGCCAGAAGUGUGGAAAAUGUUUUGGACAGAAGUCAAACCUUUUGACUCAUCAGAAGAGUCACACAGGAGAGAAACCAUACAGCUGCCAGCACUGUGGGAAACAUUUUGCUCGCAAUUCAUUCCUAGUGCUCCAUCAGAGAGUCCACACAGGAGAGAAACCGUACAAAUGCCAGCAGUGUGGAAAAUGUUUUGCUCAUAAGUCACACCUUAAGAGUCACUUGAAAGUCCACACAGGAGAGAAACCAUACAAAUGCCAGGAGUGUGGAAAAUGCUUUGCUCACAAGUCACACUUUUUGAGGCACCAGAGAGUCCACACAGGAGAGAAACCAUACAAAUGCCAGGAAUGUGGGAAAGGUUUUGCUUGCUGUUCAAGCCGUUUAAGACAUCAGAAAGUCCACACGGGAGAAAAACCAUUCAGAUGUCAGCAAUGUGAAAAAUGUUUUGUUCACAAGUUAAAUCUUUUGAGCCAUCAGGAAAUCCAUACAGGAGAGAAGCCAUUCAAAUGUCACCAAUGUGAAAAAUGUUUUGUUCACAGACCAAAUCUUUUGAGGCAUCAGAGAAUCCACUCAGGAGAGAACCCAUACAAAUGCCAACAUUGUGUGAAAUAUUUUUCUGACAAGUCUACCCUUGUGACCCAUCAAAGAGUCCACACAGGAGAGAAACCAUUCAAAUGCCAAGAGUGUGGAAAAUGUUUUGCUGACAAAUCUGUCCUUGUGUCUCAUCAGAGAGUCCAUACAGGAGAGAAACCAUACAAAUGCCAGCAGUGUGGAAAAUGUUUUGCUCGCAAGUCAGACCUUGUGAGUCAUGAGAGAGUCCACACGGGAGAGAAACCAUACAUCUGCCAGCAGUGUGCAAAAUGUUUUGCUCACAAGCCAGAUCUUUUGAGGCAUCAGAGAAUUCACACAGGAGAAAAACCAUACAAAUGCCAGCAUUGUGGGAAAUGUUUUGCUCAUAAUUCAGCCCUUGUGAGACACCAGCGUCUCCACACAAGAGAGAAACCAUACAAAUGUCAGAAGUGUGGGCAAUGUUUUGUUCGCAGGUUAUCCUUUGAGACUCAUCAGAGAGUCCAUACAGGGGAAGAGCCACUUAGAUGUCAGGACUGUGGUCAAUGUUUUUCUCGGAAUUCACAGCUUUUGAGGCAUCAGAAACAUCAUAUUAUAGAGAAAGCGUAGAAUUACCAGCGGUAUGGAAAGUGUUUUCUUUAGAAAGACUCUCUUGAUACAUCUAAGUUGUGUCUUAUAAAGCUCUAUCAUGAUCUCAUUUCUGCUUCACAGUUUUAAUUUUAAUGUAUCUUGCACUUUGGCUUUGAUCCACCACUGAAGGGUCAGGCAGGCAGGGGGCAUGUGUGGUGGGUUCCCC